AUGAAGUUCCUCACGUUCCUCGUCAUCCUCAUGGCUCUUCUCUCCGUCGCCAACGCCUAUUAUGUAAGUUGUCUACUCUAACUUAGGCAUUGGGGGGCCCUUUUCUUUUAUAUCAAAACCUUUUCAGCUCUACUACUACUACCCGAACAACAACAACGGCUACACGACCUACUACUACCCGAGCAAUAGCAACGGUUACCACUACAACAAUAGAUGUUCCAGAUGCAGAACCAACGGAUACACCACCUAUUACUAUAGUUACGGAAAGAAGUAA